AAAAUCAUUUCCAAAGUCACACCGAUUCAUCCGAAACGUCGUCGUCGUCUCUCCUUUUCUCCCUCUCUUUCUUUCCUUCCUCUGAACUUUGUGUUAACGCACGCUCUCACAGUCAAACGAAACACGCUCUCUCUCUAUCUCUUUUACCCUUCGCCGGAACUUAAUUAAUGAUGUGGAACAACGACGGAGACGACGACGACGACUUCCAGAUCCCUCCUUCCUCCUCUCAGCUUUCGCUUCGAAAGCCCCUUCACCCAACCAACGGUUCCAUCUCCCAACACCACCACCGUCCUCCCAGGAAGAAGCCCAGACUCAGCCGUUACCCGGGGAAGGAGAACAUCGCUCCGGCUCCUGAAUUUACCUCAAGCCCAUGUUUCUCUUCUGGGUCUUACGCGCUGGGCUCGUCUUCUUCUACUCCUGACUGUAGCUUACUCGAUUGUAUCCCUUCGAGUGUUGAUUGCUCUGCAGGAGAUUCCGGUGAGCCCUUCUGCUCUCUCGCGGCGGAGACAGAAGAGGAACAUGUUUUAGUUGGUGGGAAGGAGAAAGGUGAAUGCUUUAAGGCGAAUCAUGAGGGGUAUUCCUGUAAUUCGAUGGAGGCUAGGUUGUUGUUGAAGUCGAGGAUUCGUCUCGACGAGGAAGAGGAUGAGUCUGACUCUGAGUCUGAGCUUGACGUGUUGAUAAAGCUUUGCUCUGAGGGCAGAGAUGAUUCGAUUCAGUGUCCACUGUGUGAAACUGAUAUCUCUGCUUUGAGUGAGGAGGAGAGGCAAGUCCACACCAAUAACUGUCUUGAUACUCAAGCUCCUCAGCAAGGCUCAUUGAGAAAAUGCGAGAAGUCUUCUUCUUUGAUCGAAGAAUCUGUUGAUGAUCCUGUUCAGCUAGUUAAUGAUAUAUCUCCGGUGCUUAAAUGGGUUAGGAGUCUAGGUUUAGCUAAAUAUGAAGAUGUUUUUCUUCGUGAAGAGAUCGACUGGGAUACCCUUCAGUCACUCACUGAGGAGGAUCUCCUGAGCAUAGGUAUCACGUCGCUUGGCCCCAGAAAGAAGAUUGUGAAUGCACUUAGCACACUCAGAGAAGAAGCCUGUGCAGCAUCUUCAGCCGAAGCGCAGGCACAGUCUCUUUCUAAUAGUAGCCAUGUUACCGACAGACAGAGGGAGAGGUCAACCUACCGUAAAGCAAGUGAGCCUAAAAAACCAACCGCCAACAAGUUGAUUACAGAGUUUUUCCCUGGUGAUGCCACGAAGAUCCCGAAGAAGCUCCCUAAAGAACCUGUCGCAGAGCAGAGCUGUAGACGUGCUGCUGUGAGAAGAAACGGCAACAACGGAAAAUCUAAAGUCAUUCCACAGUGGAAUUGCGUUCCAGGGACACCUUUUCGAGUGGACGCAUUCAAGUACCUCACACGCGAUUGUUGCCAUUGGUUUCUUACACACUUUCAUCUUGAUCAUUAUCAAGGUCUGACGAAGUCAUUUAGUCACGGGAGGAUAUACUGUUCCUUAAUCACCGCAAAGCUGGUAAAUAUGAAGAUCGGGAUCCCUUGGGAGAGACUGCAAGUCCUGAACCUUGGCCAGAAGGUUAGUAUUGCGGGUGUUGAUGUGACAUGCUUUGAUGCAAACCACUGCCCCGGAUCCAUCAUGAUACGCUUUGAACCAGCCAACGGUAAGGCUGUUCUACAUACGGGUGACUUCCGCUAUAGUGAAGAUAUGUUAAACUAUCUGACUGGUUCGCCUAUCAGCUCUCUUGUCCUUGAUACUACAUACUGUAACCCUCAGUAUGACUUUCCAAAGCAAGAGGCGGUGAUACAGUUUGUUGUUGAGUCUAUUCAAGCAGAAGCCUUUAAUCCAAAGACCCUUUUCUUAAUAGGAAGUUACACCAUUGGAAAGGAGAGGCUGUUCUUGGAGGUUGCACGUGUGCUACGUGAGAAGAUCUACAUCAAUCCUGCAAAGUUAAAACUCCUAGAGUGCUUGGGGUUCUCUAAGGAAGAUAUGCAGUGGUUUACAGUGAAAGAAGAGGAGAGCCACAUUCACGUUGUGCCCUUGUGGACGCUUGCCAGUUUCAAACGGCUGAAACAUAUAGCUAACCGAUACACAAACCGAUACAGCCUAAUUGUUGCAUUCUCUCCAACUGGGUGGACAUCGGGUAAGUCCAAGAAGAAGUCUCCAGGAAGAAGGUUACAACAGGGUACAAUAAUAAGGUACGAGGUUCCUUAUAGUGAGCAUAGCAGCUUCACAGAGCUGAAAGAGUUUGUGCAAAAAGUGUCGCCUGAAGUGAUCAUACCGAGUGUUAACAUCGAUGGACCUGAGUCUGCAUCUGCAAUGGUGUCUAUGUUGCUUACAGAGAGUGUAUGAGAAAGAUGGACGAAGGAAGUAGAGAUAUCAUCAUCAUGUUUUAAUAGGUGUAAUGUAGCAUUAUGUAACCCACCACGUGAGAUUCUAUGUAUUGUUUUCGUGAAAUGUUCUUUCUAAUAUUAAUUCUUCAAGUAAACAAACACAUUAUUA